AUGGCGGCAGCGGCGGCGAUGACGGCGGCGGGCGGCGGCGGCGGCGGCGCUGGGGCGGCCCGCUCGCUCUCGCGCUUUCGAGGCUGUCUGACCGGCGCGCUGCUGGGGGACUGCGUGGGAGCCGUCUACGAGGCGCACGACACCGUCAGCCUGACGUCAGUCCUGCGUCACGUCCAGAGCCUGGAGCCGGAGGCCGGCACGCCGGGCAGCGCGCGGACAGAAGCACUGUACUACACAGAUGACACUGCCAUGGCGAGGACUCUGGUGCAGUCCCUGCUGGCUAAGGAGGCCUUCGACGAGGUGGACAUGGCUCACAGGUUUGCCCAGGAGUACAAGAAGGACCCUGACAGAGGCUAUGGGGCUGGAGUCAUCACCGUCUUCAAGAAGCUCCUGAAUCCCAAGUGCCGUGACGUCUACGAGCCAGCCCGGGCCCAGUUCAAUGGAAAGGGCUCCUACGGCAAUGGGGGUGCCAUGCGGGUAGCAGGCAUCUCAUUGGCCUAUAACAGCAUCCAGGAUGUACAGAAGUUUGCUCGGCUAUCAGCCCAGCUGACCCACGCAUCCUCCCUGGGUUAUAAUGGUGCCAUCCUGCAGGCCCUGGCAGUGCACUUGGCUCUGCAGGGUGAGUCCUCCAGCGAGCACUUCCUGCAACAGCUCCUGGGCCACAUGGAGGAGGUAGAGGGGGAUGCCCAGUCUAUCCUGGAUGCCAAGGAGUUGGGUAUGGAGGAGCGGCCAUACUCCAGCCGGCUGAAGAAAGUUGGGGAGCUGCUGGACCAGGACUCAGUGAGCCGAGAGGAGGUGGUGUCCGAACUAGGGAAUGGCAUUGCUGCCUUUGAAUCUGUGCCCACCGCCAUCUACUGCUUCCUGCGCUGCAUGGAGCCCGACCCCGAGAUCCCCUCUGCCUUCAACAGCCUUCAGAGGACUCUCAUUUAUUCCAUCUCGCUUGGUGGGGACACAGACACCAUAGCCACCAUGGCCGGGGCCAUUGCUGGUGCUUACUAUGGGAUGGAGCAGGUGCCAGAGAGCUGGCAGCAAAGCUGUGAGGGCUAUGAGGAGACAGACGUCUUAGCCCAGAGCCUGCAUCGAGUCUUCCAGAAGAGUCUGUGAGGGCCACAGCUGUCAGAACCAAGGACAGCCCAGAUUGGAGCCCUAGAGUUCCCUUGAGCUGGCUCCUUUGCCUCCAUGUUCCUGCAGGGCAGGCUGAGGGUGCCCUGGGGCUAGAGUCUCAGGGAACAGCCAGGGAGAGACUGAUACCACUUUGCGGCUGGAGCUCUGGGUUGAGGCAGGGUCUUGUGGCACUUCAUGAGGGACCAUGGCAGUUUUAUUUUGGAAGGGUACUUGUGGCGGUCUCUUUUUCCCCCUGAGGUAGGGUCUCUCACCCAAGCCGACCUGGAACUCAGUCUGGUUAUAGGCUGGCCUCAAACUCAGUGAUCCUCCUACCUGAGCUUAAAGGGUGUGCUACCUCCUUAUUUAGGAGCUGGCCUUGGGAAGGUGGACAUGGCCCACCAGGGACAUCAUUUCUCCUGGUUAAAAGUUAGCUGAUUUGGCAGACAGACUGUCCUUGACUGGGCAGGGUCCCCAGCAGCAGGCUCUGGAUGGGGACAGGCACCCGCAUCCAGCCAAUGUAGGUCCACACCUGGCCCUUAGCUGCCACGGGGCUUGGUGGCUUCUAGCAAAGUUAUAACAAUAAAUGGUUUUUGAUAA